AACAUCACAGUGGUGGGUUCCUCUAUAUAAGCCAAGGGAGAUUAUUUUCAUCCCCUGGAAGAUAUGAAACAGUCAGCAGGGUACUGUUAGCCCUUCUGAGACCAGGCAAGAGAAGAGUUAGGAAACUUUAAACCCCACCCCUUCCUCCGCCCCCUUUUGAAAAGAAUUCUGUUUCAAAAUUGCCUUUGACACUGCAGGUUCAGACUUUGAAUCGGACCAGGAAGCCGGAGCUGCGAGGGGCUUUAUAACCAACAGGAAAGACUGAUUCUACCUGAAGAAGCUGAAACAGUCCAGGAGUUGUUGUUGUUGUUAUAACCCUCCAAGGAUCCGAUUAACCCCCUUUUCAUUCCACGUUAACCCGUCGGUGGCUUGAGAGCGAGUUGAUUGGAGGUGCCAACAUGGCGAUCAUACAGGACAGCACCAUGGAGGACGUUCCACUGAGUGACGAGGAGAAUGGCAUUGAGUAUAAAGUGCUAAUGGCUUAUGCCAAGCGCCAACUCUCUGACAGCAGGUACCAGCGACUAGUGAGAAAUGGCAACGCUGCACCCACAGAAGGAGCCGCCCGGCAAGGGGCCACCAGCAACGGCACGGGGAGUGAAGGAAUCCAGUCCAAGGCGGACAAGAAAGAAAAGGGAAAAAAGAAGAAAUAUUGGCACAGAUUGAUGCCCAGCUGCAUAAGGGCAGAAGAGGAGAUGGGCAAGAAGAAAGAAAAUGCCCCUGCAGUAGAUGCAGUGACAGUGGACUCGGAGACCAAACACGCAAAUGCAAUCGCCCGGCGCCUACAAAAAAUCAUGAAGUCGCUCUCCAAGACCAACGAACUGGAGUUCCGAAGCUUCACCCGGCAAACAAGUGUCGAGGCGGACGGAGAUGACAACUAUGAACAGUUGAUACGGGAAAUUGCGCUCGUUCUGCGGUCUUCUGGCGACCAACUGAAUGACCAGAUAAAGGCAGAACAGAAGGAGAAGAUCGGUGGCGUGUGGGAUUAUGGAUUCUUCCGGAGACUGGCGGAUUUUUACCUGCAUAGUUCUACGUUGGGCGAAACGCAAGAGCCUGAGACACAGAGCAAUAAGGUGGCGCUUUGCAUUGAUGCCACCACCAGGCUGACUGCCCUGGAAAGCCUGCCCGCCAACAAGGUGAUGGUAUAUGGGGCGAGAUACCUGAAGGAAAAAUAUACCCAUUGGAUUGAAGAGCAAGGAGGAUGGGAAAAAGCAUUGGGGAUAGAAGAGGAACUAGACUGAUGGACUAUAGAUAUACAGCGACUAAACUCACCCCGUGCUGAACUGGGGGUUGAUGGAGACGAAGGGAACGCUGAAUCUUUUAUUACCAACGAGAAAUAAUUACUACAGCUAACUACUAAAGGCAGCAAUAUGGGUUUCAGCAGAUAAAGCAUAAAUGUGUAUAUAUAUAUAUAUAUAUAGGAGAAAUGUAGAUAUAGGAUCAUGCAAGUGCCUAGUUUAAAUGAAUAAGCUGAGACUGAUGAGCAUUGGAUCAGCAGUUGAUGUAUUGGUGCUCUUCCCUGGUACCAUGUUGAUGCCUGUAGGGGGCGCUGUGAUCAAGCUCUAUGUAAUCAUGUUAAGAAUCACCACCAUCCUACAUUGCCAAAAAAAAAAACUAGCACUCCUCACCUUCAUCAAAAUACAUUGGUGCUACUGCCACAGAUCAUGAACAAAAAAUGUUACAAAAGCAAUAAUUAAAGAAAAAAGUACUGUCUCUUUAAGAUGAGCUCAGGCGAGCCAAUGAUUCAGAGCUGACUGUGUUAUACUCCUGCCUGACUCCCUGCUACUCUGCUGAGCCGACUCUUCCGCCAAGAGGACGUCAAGUCAAUGGAACAUGUGCAAUUGGUGGGUUCCAUCUGCUGGAUAUUUGGAUAUUACAGCCGAAAGUAACCGGCAGCAUGGCAACUCCUGCGAUCACAGAGAAACUGCUGCUACCCUACAAGCAAAUAUAGAAUAUUUAUGUUUAUUGUUGUUCUAGGUAUAAAGUGACUGUUGAAAUUGAGCAUUUGGCUCAUUUAACCCUUUCCCUGCCAGUGGUUUGGAGCGGAAUGGAUUGAAAUGAAUGUGAAGCAGAAAUGUAGACGCAAUGGCGUUGGCCACGCUUGUAUUUCCUCAACAUUAUGCAGCCUGUGGCAUGGAAGUGGUUAAAUAAUAGGAUUUAGUAUCAGAAUAGAUAAUCAAGUCCGCCCCGGGGGCGUUUAACGACAUUUCUUUACUCUUUGCUGCUCUUUAAAGGAUAAAUAAACCUUUGAAAUAAUUCAAUGUAAAAUUGACGAGAGUGCUAUUCUAAGCCCUUUUGUUAUUUACAUUCAUUAGUUAUUUGCUUUUUAUUUCAAG